AUGUUGUGGUUUGAUGGCCCUGUCAAAAAUGCUGUUGAAAAAGUCAAAUCUAAUGGUUUCACACUUAUUGUAUUUGUGCAAGAUGUUAAUGUUCCGAUACCAUCAAUUUUUCUAAUCGGAAAUGAUGGUAUACCUAUAAAAGUUAUAUCAUCGAAAAGAAUUUCAGAUGUUUCCCAUGCUAUUAACAAUGCAUUCGAAGAUCAAAAACUAAAAAAUUUAAUUUGUAAGAAAUUAGAAAGAGAAAAUGCACAAAAAAGUCAUAAAAUAAAGACCAAUAUUUCAAAUAUGCCUUCUUGGGAAUUCCCAGAUUUAUCCACUUUGGGUGAUAUAAAAGCUUACUUAUCGGAAAAAAUAAAACUUUCGACAAAUUUUAAACUUUUAAGAGCUUUUCCAAGAACUACUUUCACUACUGAGGAUGAAACAAAAACUUUAGUCGAUUUAUCUCUGACUCCUAAUGCAACAUUAAUCGUCAUUCCUGGAAUACUAAUAAUACCAGAAAAUCGUUAA